AUGGCGUACAGCGACUGGGCUAAGAGUCAAUAUAUGGAGUUGAAUGAACUAGGGUGCAACGGAAAGCUUUCCUUACACAGUGCGCGUGUGAGGUCGUCCGGGGACGCGGUUUCCUUCUGGCGCAUCGGUAUAUCUGGCCUCCCCGAUUCUGUACUGGAUGCAAUCGUCGUGGAAGUCCAGCAUGUCAAGGACUAUCAGCAUCCAGCACUAAUAAAGGUAACCAAUGUGUAUGCUGAUGUAGACGACCUGUAUGUGUACAUAGAGAUGGAACCUGUCAACUGCACCUUGAAGGACUAUGCGAAGCAACACAUCAGCGCUCAGAGUAAAGUUCCCGAGCAAGUUGUUUGGGACACGGCAAGCUCUUUAUUAGAGGGUCUUUCAUACCUUCACUUGCUUGAAAAUCCUACCCCGUUUCUAUCAACGAGCUCCUCUAGUCUGAUGGAUGCUACCAACAACAGUAGAAGCGUUAAUAUUGUUGGAGUUCACGCCAGUAUCACGUCGUCAACCGUCUUAGUAACGCAGGAGGGCCAUAUAAAGCUCGGUGUCUUUGGGCUUUCCGCGACCCUCGAUGAACUGUAUUCGCUCGGAUAUUAUGACGUCCCGCACUGCUUCCGAGCACCUGAGGUGACAAAGUACAAGCACAGCUUAAAGAGCGACGUUUGGGCACUUGGAGCAACCCUUGUGGAUAUGUGCGUGGGAACGCUUUCUUCUCGUGAUGACUUCCCGGUCAAUCCUGGCUCAUUGGAGCACCCAGAUCUUUCAGACUAUCUAGCGCAAUAUACACCAAGGCUUAGAAAGUUCCUAGGUGUGUGUCUGCGCUUCGAUGUGACAAAGAGGCAUCUGACUAAUGGGUUGAUGGACGAGCUGGCUAGUCUGAAACCGAACGGAGUGUAA